AUGUCUACUAAAUCAAGAUCAUGGACUUCUCAACCAUUAUUCAAAGUCAAAUUGAACAAAAGUAAUAAAAUAGAGAAGCAAAAGAAAAAGGGAAUUGCUAUAAAUAAGCUUGCUAAUUCAGCUGGUAAACUUUCUCAAAAAGCAAAUGUUAAUGUAUUCAUAACAAACUCAUUAGUGACAAAAAUACCUUUCCCUCCAAGUAGUCUCCUUUUGGGUAUUGAUGAGGAAACCAAGAAAAUGAAAUCUAAGAAAACUUCUAUUAAUAUACAAAACGACACAAAUAUACUUAACUUCUCUUCCAGCUGGGAUGAAGAUGAUUUAUUUCUCUCUGAUACAGAGACUGAAUAUGAUUUAUUAAGUACAAGCCCAAACAGUGUAAUAGAGGUUGAUACUUCAUCUAAAAAGAGCUUAAAUGGGUUUAUGGCUUUUAGAGCAUACAACUCACAAUUUGGAUAUGGGCUGAAGCAAGAAAUACUUUCUUCACUUUUGUCAGAAGCAUGGCAUUCUGAUCCAGAACAACAGAAAAAAUGGACCGUUUUAUCGCAGCAAUUUAAUUUUGUCAAGCCCAAGUGUGGGUUUGUGGAGUGGGUAGGGCAAACAUAUGAGCGGGAGAUGAUGUGGUGUAAUUAG